CGUAUGUAUUUACACUGUACUUGCGUGUGCACCACUGACCUCUAUACUACUGGAAGGGGCGUCACGGCUGACCGAAUGAAGCCAUUGGUCGGCCAUCUUGCUUCACCCUAAAAACAAACACGCAUACAUGUAUCUUCAUUCACUACAUUUAUUAUGGUUCGGUAUAAGAAUUAACACGAAUUAACAAAAAUUACAUUGAAACAGAGUAAAUUUACUAGACCCAAGUCUCAAAAUUUCCCUCCAGUUUAAGUUUUUUCCUACCUCUAUGGUGUGAAAUUACAAUGCAUAAUUUGUUAUGAUAAGGAUCUACGUAGUAUCAAAGUUAAAUGCAACGCAUACCUUUAGAAGAUGAUCAGGAAAGUCAAAUAUUGUUGGAACUACAUUUUGUCGUAAUCCAACAGUCUGGCCGGUCCUGUCGUUCUCCUCGGUGAAAUGACUUGAACAGAGUUGCGAUCUGGCUGCAGGAAUCCACCUGUCUCUCCGCAUAUUUACUACCCAUUGCUUUAGAAGUUGAGCAUUGCAGUGUGGAAAUCUGAAGGAGAAUAAGGGUUCAUUUACAACUACUUAGAUGAAAAGAUGCUUACAGAUUUAAAGUAUCUAUUUUUUCAAACUAUUUUUUAUUAUUUAUAAGCAUUUACCUACCUGUGAAAUGUAAGUCCCUUCUCGCGACUUUCACGAGUAUCACGAUUUGUGCAAUUAAUAGCAGCACAAGACGGCAUCUCCAACUCCUCUUAGUUCUAAGGAUUUCUUGUUUUGGGUGAAACAACAUGGCGACUUCUAUACUUCCGGUGGCUUCAAGCCUCCAAUGCGCAGCAAGCGAUUGGGGCCAUUCCAGUUACAGAGUCCAGUGGUGUGCACGCCCAAAGGUAAGAAACAACGUAAAGGCACGUACGGGAUGCAAGCGUUUCUCAAAUUGCAGAUGCACGAUAAUUGUAUCAACAAAAUGUCCUCAUACAGAAUAUGAUCGUCAACAUGUGCACUUUGUUGGCCUGCUUUUUUUUGGUGUCGGAAAAACACCCAAAACACUUCGAGAAUAACUUGGAAUUGAGUCAGUUUGUUAUUAAUUCAGGAAGCUUGUGUUCAGUCUGUAAAAGUGAGCUAAAUAUUAAAAGCAUAUCCUCGAACAAACGUGACUGAAUUUUUACACUCUCCCCCCCAUACAGAAAGACGUAAAACGCGGUGGCUUUCUACCAGUAGUGCAUGUAUGCUGUACGAUCACGUGUUUGUCCGUGAUUACCCACUGGGGUUUAUUCUUGGCACCUGCAGUAGAUUUUAUGAAACACUGGAUGUUCUUCUGUGCUGCAGCCAACACCAAGUCCUGGUCGAAACGUGCUGACAAGUAUUGAAUGGGUAAUGAGUCCACACUCCAUGGCUGCCUGCGUGUCCUUGGUUUGAAAUUGUGCAGCUUUAAACGCAGCCUGAGCAAUCUGUCAACAAGGAAGUGCUGUCAGGUGUGGCAUACUUAGCACCAGUUCCUCAUUGUUGCAACCGGCCAGACUGCAAAAGGGAGAGCUCAGCCAUCAAGCACAUGUCCAUCUUCAUCCUUGCCGGAGAACUGCUGAUGAGUCGCCAGCUCGCUCAGAAGAGGAAGCGGGAGAACACCUCCAAGCCAGGGGACUGGGGAACUUUCACCCCUGACAUGAGUCCUUAUUCGUCCCACCCAGCGCCACUGACUUUGUUUCACUGGCAAAUCCAGCAGGAAGCGCAAAGGUUCCAAGGCGUCUCUCCUGAGAUGCUGCUCAAGCAGGACGCAGAUGGCGACACAUGUCUUCACAUCGCUGCGGCUCAAGGCAGGAGAGCUCUGGCCUACGUUCUGGCAGCUAAGAUGGCAAGCUGGGGUGCUUUGGAGAUGAAGGAGCACAACGGACAGACGGCGCUUCAGGUCGCAGCGGCUGCCAACCAGCACCUGAUUGUCCACGACCUGCUGGUGCAUGGCGCGCACAUCAACACGAGAGACACAUGGGGGCGCUCGCCUUUGCACGUGUGUGCUGAGAAAGGAUUCUACCUCAGCCUUCAGAGCAUCUGGAAGACUCGGUCAGGCUGCGGACAGCCGAUGGAUACAGAAGUGUUCAACUAUGAUGGCCUAACUCCCCUCCAUGUUGCCGUCUUGUCCCACAACGCUGCUGAGAGCGAGUGGCGGGCUCUCGACCACACUGGUGAACACAUGCGAGGGGAUCUGCUGCAGAGGAAAUGCGUUUAUGCUCAGUGUGUGGAGACCCUGCUGAACAUGGGCGCGUCCUGUGGGACAAAGGAUCUAAAAAGUGGGAGGACGUGUUUGCACAUGGCCGCCCAAGAAGCCAACAUUCAUCUGCUCAAUAUUUUCCUCAAGCAGCCGUCUGCGAUGAGCAGCGUCAACCAUAAGAUGUUCAGCGGGAACACGGCCCUACACGUCGUCAGCUCCUUACAAAACCACCCAGCUCAGCUGGAGGCCGUGGCGAUGCUGAUGAGAGCAGGGGCCAACCCCAGCGUUAGAAACAUGGACAAUGAGCUGGCCUGUCAGCUGGCGCCCGAAGGAGCCAUUGGAGAGAAGGUAGGACCCGAUGGGAGGGAAGAAGACGUCCAAACUAGCGAUGCUCCGAUCAGGGUUUUAUGCUGCCGAUUCCGAUAACGAUCAUCCAGUACUGAAAUCGUCCGAUACCGAUCACAUGGAUUAAUUGAUGAGUGCUAAUGGCUAAUGUGCCGUUUCAAGGGGAAAAGUCAGCACAGUUCCAAGCUGCCUUGACUGCCAGGGGUCCCAAAAAUGAGUAAUUACUAAUAAAAUUAGUAAUUAAAUAAUGGGGAGGAAUGUGAGUUUUUUUUCAUGGGACCCAGAAUUCCUGGCUGCAUUCCUGCUACUGGCUGAAAAAUGCUACUGAUAUGAAAAAUGGAUAAAAUCACCUGAACUUAGACAAAAACAUAUUUGACUUAGGCUGUAUGGUGGCCAAGUGGUUAGCAUGUCGGGCAUCUCUGUGGCCAAGUGGUUAGCAUGUUGGGCAUCUCUGUGUGGAGUUUGCAUGUUCUCUCCGGCUUCCCUUCCCUUCCCUUCCCCCCACCAUAGGUAUGAAUGUGAGCUUGAAUGGUUGGUUGUCUAUACAGUAUGUGCCUUGUGAUUGGCUGGCCACCAGUCCAGGGUGUCAGCUGGGAUAGCUUCAGCAUACCCCCGCGAGCGUCCUGAGGAUAAGUGGCAUAGAAAAUGGAUGGAUGGAUGUCUGACCUUCUUGAAGGAGACUUUGGCAAACUUCCACCACUGAGAAAGGCUCCUCUCGUCCGAUAAAUUCAAUUAUUUUUCGGUUGUUUGGCUUAGCCGUGUGACGGUACACACACGGGUGAGUGGCUGCGUUAGCUGUCGUUUGCCUCCAAAGCUCACCACACUCCGUCAAGUGUUGUUCUUUAAAGGCAUGAUUUUUCAACUUGGCUUAAAUAUGUUUGAUAUUGUUUGUAAUUAUGUACGUUUUUUGAAAGCUAACAUUACAUUUCAAAAGUUACAUUUAAAGUAUGUGGCGGGCAAUUCUUCAGAUGGACGUCUCGGACAGGGGGUGUUUCCCAAGUGACGUCUGCAUAGGGGCGACUCAUCUUAAGCAGAGUAAAAAACACAAGAGUUAGCUCGUCGACUUCGUUCGUUUCAUUUUUCAUCAAAAUAGUAGUCAUGUCCAAACGGUUUUGUUGCCGCUGGCUGUUCACGGUGUCCAAGUGAUACCGUGAGUUUCUUUUCUUUUCCAAAAGACGAAGAUUUGGACUGCAAUGAACAAAACAAGUACGAUAGCCACCAGCCGUGGCCGGCAAGGAAAGUGAGCAGCCUCGGGUGCAGCUGUCAUGUCUUGUUUCCAUUGAUAUUAUCAUGUAGUACUGUAAACACUAUGCUACCAUAGCGACAAGCAUUCAAAGCAUUAAACAUGUUAUAAAAAUGCUCCAAAGAGCCCUUUACGCUCAUUAAGAAGCUGAUUUAAAGCAAUCAUUGAAGGAUGAGCAGCCUACACUUAGCAGUCUUCAUCUCCAUGUCUGUCAUCGGACACCUCAGCAUCAGACUUACUGUCCCAUCAGUGGUUCCAAAAAAUAAGGCUUAAUUCCAGGUUCUGCAAAUGUUCUAUUUCAUCUCCAGAUGUUUCUUCCUCCUCAAAAACUAAAAUCCUUUUGCAAUCAUCACUGUAAACAUCUUCUAUCUCAUCCAUUCGCUCAUGUUUGUUUGCGAUUCCUACGAUUCAAGCGGCGCCUUCGCCAACGCCAUUUGGGAAACGCCCCUUGUCUAAGACGUUCACACCGAAAGUGGUGGCCAGCACAUACAAAAAUGUCAUUUUUGACCAUGCAACCCAGACUUCCUUAUAUGGGCAUGCCCAGCCCGUUGUAGGCCUGCCCUAACCCAGCUCUGCUCUGUUCAUGGUGUUAGCACGUAUGGCUCCCAGGAAAUGCUUGUGGGGGUGUGCCUAAAGAGGCAAGCGUCAGGCAGAAGUGGUUGGCGUCACUGAUUCCCGACCAACAAGAGGAAAAUAUGCUCAUCUGUCAACGGCACUUCACACGGGACUGUUUUGUGAAUAUAGGCCGAUACGAAGCCGGACUAUCUGCCAAAUUGUUGCUGAACUCCGACGUUCCUUGGCCGUGUUGUAGAUUCAGAAGAGCAAGCUGUAAGUAACACUUUAUCAGUGUACUACCUGUGUUUGUUUUGGGUAAACGGUCGGACGAAAGCGGUUCAGCAGCUGUUCCAUAGUCCUCAGGAGCGCUUGGGAGUGUGACCGCUCACAGCACAGUGGGCUUGGUGGGAGGCGUAACGGAGGAGGGCCGGGGGUGGAGUAAAUUACACAGACCGUUUGGGCGGGAGGCAGGAAACACCGCAGGAAGAGGUGCAGAGUCUGGAAGAGCUGGAAAGCUUUGUGUGCGGGUUAGCAUGUGUAGCUGCUCUGUAGGUGUCCACAACUCAAAACAAAGGCCCCAAAAUGAGUAUAAUAGGUCCCCUUUAAGCCAAGUUGAAAAAUCACGUCGGUGAUCCCUGAAAUGGCGUAUGAAAGCUUUUUACCAAGCAAGAUUCUGGGACGACGACACUGACCAAGAUUUUAGUUCGGGAGACACUGCACUGCUCGAAAGUGUCACCACGAGCUGAGAAGUGCUAGCCACAGGCGAUUUUGUGAUGGGCAUUGAAAGGCAUUUAUCGGCACAUGACGAUCACGCAAUUUUUUUUACGGAAAUCAGCCGAUACUGAUGGGUGGCCAAUCUAUCGGAGCAUCCCUCGUCUAAACUUUCUGAACUACUUUCCUGGGACUUUUUUGUUGUCUUUCUUCCUAAGGUGCGUCACAUGGUGGGAGGCCAGCAUACUUGAAAGCGCCCGCAACAGACCACUGUCAGUCAGACAGUCUUAUCGUGAAGAUAUUUGCCCCACCCACAAGGCAGAUGUUGGUUGUUUCAGUGAAACAAAUCAUCCUGAUGUAAAACUCAAUGAGCAAGCAUGUUAGUUAGCUUUCUGUGUUGUAUUAUGGACUUGAUGCCCAUGCCAUCUCAUCAGGAGGGGUGUGAACAUAAACAGGUUCCACUGCAGUUUCUUCCUGUGUUGGUAUGUUUUGUAGGUACAAUCGUUGGUAUCUUUCUGCUGCUGUAACAUUUACAUUUACAUUUCCCGUUGUGGCAUGAAUAAAGUACAAUCUAAUCUAAUGUAAUAAGGGUAUUUUAUACGCCAGGGGUGUCAAAAGUGUGGCCCGGGGGAAAAAAAUAAACUCCAAAUGAGAAUAAAGUGUGUAUAUAUGUAUG